CAAAAAAAACAAACAGAGACGCGCGCGGCGGCGGUUGGUCCUCUCGACGCUCGAGCCAUGGUGCUGCCGACCACUAUCUCGCGCGACUCCGAAGCUCGCUCGGCUCCUCCGCAAAACUUCCAGGAGGAAGCGGAGCCCCCGCGCCCGCGGAGGCCGCCCGCGUUCUACAGCUCCGUGUUCGCGCAGGUACACCACCUGCUCGACGAAAUGCCGCGCCGAGUGUAGCCGAUCAUUCUCGCGCCAUUUUCGUGUUCGCAGAUCGAAGAGGUCGGGUGGGGGCGGCUGGUGACCGCCACUGGUGAUGACGGUGUGUCCUGCCUCGCCUUCCGCGUCAUGGAUGAGCAAGGACGACAACAUUUACUGGAGGUCACACUGCCCAUGAAUUAUCCUGCAUGUCCUCCUUCAAUUUCCGCGGAUGUUCCUUGUCUUCCAAAAUUACAGUGGUCAAAACUCUCAAGACUGAAGGAUGUUGUCUGCCAAUUCCAAGAGCACCUGAAGAAUUUGCAAAAUUACUGGUGUACAAUGGAUGACAUCGAUAAGGCCCUUUGGGUUGUUGAUCCAACAAAGCCGAGCUAUGCUAUGUCUCAUCGUCGUAUUGCUUUGGGUGAUGAUUGCUAUAUAUUACUGCAUGUUGAUGCACACAAGCCCAGCUCCUUACCAGAGUGCCGCUUCCUGGGCACAGAUGGGAAACUGGAAAGGCUGAUAAAGAAUUGGAGAAAAAAUCGUAAAAGAUGGACUGCAGACAAGAAGUUCCAUGAAAACCUGUCAACCGUCUUAGAUUUUGAACUGCCACAGCCCCCUUCUGUCAGCAUCAAAGAUGACCAGCAAGCUGAUUGCGGGAUAUGUUAUGCCACCCAUCUGCCUAUUGAUGACGAACUGGGGACUGACAGCGGAUGCGCAACGGACUACACAUGUGAAAACUCCAGCUGUGACAGAGCUUUCCACUCUGUGUGUUUGAGAGAUUGGUUGUGUACGAUUACUACAACAAGGCAGUCGUUCGAUGUUCUGUUUGGGAACUGCCCGUAUUGCAGUGAGCCUGUUGCUUAUAAAGCUACCAGCCCCAGCACCCGCGGCCGAGUCAAAUUAAUCCGAGUAGGAAUGGCGUGGGGAGAAGGCAGGGGGAGGAGGGGAUUGAAGGCGGCGUGCCUGCCGCGGCCGGGGUGCUUCACGGUGUCCGCCGCCGACGAGGGCCCCUCGGGCUCCGGCGCCGACGAAGGAGACGUGGGCAGCAGGCCGGUGCCGACGCACCUGGUCGUCACGGUCAAUGGGAUCGUCGGCAGUGCAGAAAACUGGCGUUAUGCAGCAAAACAUUUCAUCAAAAAGCACCCCGAGGAUGUGGUUGUUCACUGCAGUGGAUGCAACUCAGCAGCUCGAACUCUCGAUGGAGUUGAUGUGAUGGGAAGGAGAUUAGCAGAGGAGGUGAUUUCAGUUGUUGAGUGUAGACCAGAAUUACAGAAGAUCUCCUUUGUUUCACACUCAUUGGGUGGAUUGAUUGCAAGAUAUGCCAUUGCUUUACUGUAUGAGACAGCUACACAAACAGAGUAUCAAGAAGAGUAUGAGAAGCAUGCCACUGAUACUCAUAGCAACCCACCAACCGGCCAAGGCAAAAUUGCUGGUUUGGAGCCGGUGAACUUCAUAACUGUUGCAACACCACACCUUGGCACAAGAUCACACAAGCAGAUGCCCCUUCUCCGUGGUUCCUAUAGAUUGGAAAAGAUGGCAUUCCGUAUGUCUUGGAUUGCCGGGAGAAGUGGAAAACAUCUUUUUCUAAAGGACAUUGAAGAUGAGAAACCACCAUUACUUCUUCAGAUGGUUACUGAUUACGGUGAUCUCCAUUUCAUAUCAGCUUUGCGUUCUUUCAAGAGAUGUGUUGUUUACUCAAAUGUUUGUAGCGACUUCAUUGUUGGCUGGAGGACGUCUUCAAUACGGUGUCAACACGAUCUUCCCAAGAAACAAGAUUUUAUAAAUGAUGGUAAAUACCCACAUGUUGUAUACGUGGAAAAACCAAAGGCUCGGGAUGUUGAUUUUUCGGAUGCAAUGAUUUAUCAGGCAAAAACUACAAGUGAAAUGGAAGAAGUGAUGCUCAAAAGUCUGAAUAGAAUUCCUUGGGAAAGGGUAGAUGUUAGCUUCAAGAAAAGUAGACAAAGGAUUUUUGCUCAUAGCACCAUUCAGGUUAAGACCUAUUUUUGCAACUCUGAUGGGGCUGAUGUGAUUUUCCACAUGAUUGACCAUUUUAUUUAUUAACAUGAAACAUUGAUGUGUUGGUGCCUGUUUCUUUCCUUUUAUUUGGAGUUCCAGUAACUGGAAAAAGAAGGGGCACAUAUAUUUUUCAGUUCCCUGUUUUUAAGGCAGGAUUAGAGAUACUACACUGGAAUGAGUAGAACCCAUCGUAAAGAAAAGGGAACCUCCUAAAAAGAUUGUGAAGGCUGUUGGGUUUAUGCUUCCUGUAAGUUUUGGGCCCUCCUAGGUUCUUUUUUAAUUUUCCAGGCUUCAGUAGUUCAGUGUGCAUGCAUGCAUGUAAUGGACCACAAUCUGUUGAUCGAUAUAUAAUAAAAUAUGCUAUGUGUUGCAUCUCGAGCAGAGAACGCAUAGCGAGAAUUGCGGCUA